AACAUACUAUUCUCGACGCUUUAGCAGCGCCGCACUGCCGACCAACCAAGUCGCUGCCCGGGGCAGACGCAGAUUAGAAACCAUGAUGGCCCGCGCGGACCGAUUGAUCAGGGAGGCGGAGGGCAAGUAUGAAAGAUCAAAGGCCCACGAGCUCCAGGGCAAGGGCAACGCGACGGGCAAGCUCGUGGAGGGCGGGCUGCCGGACGACGCCGCCGAGCGGAAAGCGUUAAUGGACCAGGCGCUCGCCGAUAGGCGCAAGGAGCGCCUGAAGUACAUGACCCACGACGAGCUGAUUGACGACGCGGCGCAAUUCCGCGGCGACAUGGACGAAGAUGAACGCUACGCGCUCAUGGAGCGCUGCGCGCGCGGCGAGCCCAUGCGUUUCGUGGAAGUGCCCGAGAACUCGUUGCUGCGACGGCCGCUGCUGAACUACCGAUGUUUGUACCCCCAUCCCCUCCCAAUCGACUCGGGCAAAGGUAGAGGAGGCGACCUGAAGAUCACGAAGCUGGAUAAUGAUUUGGCGAUGCGCGAUCUAAAUCACCUCAAGGCCAACGACCGGGCCUGGCGCGCCGUCACGAAGAACAAGCCCUGGUGUUUGGAGGAGCUCUACCUGACGGGCUACGAGAUCAACUGGCCGAACGACGACAACAACACGCCCUUCCACCUCGCGGCGCACUUCGGGUACAUCGAGUGCGUCCGCGUCUUCAUCCACGCGGGCUGCGACGUGAACGUCGAGACGACGUCGGGCGUCACGCCGACGUACAACGCGCUCGCCGCGGGCCAUAUAGAUGUGGCCGCGCUGCUCCAGGAGCACGGCGGCCUGAAGCGCGUCACGCCGAAGCUCCACGGCGUGCGCACGAUCGUCGACGUCGCCGGCGACCGCCGCGGCCGGUCGCACCUCGACGACCUCGCCGAGGAGCACCGGCGGCCGCCCUACGCGAUGCAGUUCUAACCUUUUUGUGCGUGUGCUUUUGGGUAGGGCUUAGG